GUGUCUGGUAUCAUGUUUAACACGCAGCGUUUGACGCUCGUGACGAACUUGACGUCUGAUCAAUUUCUGUCAUAAUGUGCAGAAAUCUGAAAUCUGCUGUUAUUACACUGACAGGAUUUCAUCUGCUGUUUAUAACACAUCUGAGAGGAUGGUCCUGGUUUAUUAGACCUUUCAAAUCAGGGUCUCCACAAACUGGAUCCGAAGGUUUUCUGUCGAGGAGACUCACACACUCUUAUUCUGGACCAGAACCACAUCAUUAAGCUGGAGCACCUGGAGCGUAAUGAAGUUCUUCAGCAGCUGUCCGUGGCCUCGAACCGGCUGGUGCGCAUGAUGGGCGUCUCGAAGCUCACUAACUUACGAAUUCUGAACCUCCCAAACAACAGUAUCGGAUAUAUUGAGGGGCUGAAGGAACUGGUUCACCUCGAAUGGCUCAAUCUAGCUGGAAACAACAUUAAGGUCAUCGAGCAGCUUCACAACUGUGUUUCCCUGCAACAUCUGGAUCUGUCAGACAAUAAUAUUUCUCACAUAGGAGACCUCACAAAGCUCUCAGCGCUAAAGACUCUUCUCCUGCAUGGAAACAACAUCACGACUCUCCGGACUGUUCCUGCCCACCUGCCGCCGAACCUCAGCGUCCUGUCGCUCGCAGAGAACGAGAUCAGAGACCUCGCCGAGGUGUCGUAUUUAUCCCCGUUACACCACCUGGAGCAGCUGUCCAUCAUGAGUAACCCAUGUGUCAUGGCCACGCCUUCUCUGCCCGGCUGUGAUUAUCGCCCAUAUGUGGUGAGCUGGUGUCUCCAUUUGAAGGUGCUGGAUGGAUACGUAAUUUCACAAAAAGAGGGACUGAAAGGAGAGUGGCUGUACAGUCAAGGUAAAGGCCGUGCGUUUCGUCCCGGGCAGCAUGCGCAGCUGGUCCAGUAUUUGGCAUCCACAUGUCCCCUGACUGCCACAACUGCCUUACAGUCUGCAGAGGACGCUAAACUAGAGAAAAUCCUCAACAAGCAAAGACAGCAUCAGAGACAGCUGCAGCAAACGCGUCUCUGCUGGUCCCAGAGUCCAUCUCGGCCCACACAUCUAGACGUGCAGCAGUGGCGUGACCACAGGAGCAGAGAUGAUGAUGAUGGUGAUGAUGAUGUCAUCGCUCAGAAAGAUCCGGAUCCAGGAGUUCAGGUAAAUGCGUGGAUGGGUGCUGUGUCUUCACCCGCGGUCGCUGCUGUCCGGCUUCCGCCCGCUGCUCAGGACAGGAUGAUUGUGGAGGAUGUUCAGACUGAUGAGGAGAAGCUUCAUGGGAGUCUGCUGUCCUCUGAAUCUGCCUUUUUGCCCUUUAACCCUGCUGUCCAUCCCGCUUCAGCUCCUGACAGCGGCGAAGAGGAGUUUGAUGAUUCUCUGGCUCCUCCCACAUCCGCUCAGCACCGCCCAUCAGAGGAGGAGUCGGUGGGCGGAGCUGUCCUCACCUCUUGGACAAAUGGUUCAGAUCAUUUGGACCAGCUCUGUCACAUGGAUGGAGCGGCAGACGGGCAGCAGCAUGCGCUGAACGGUGAUGCCGUGUUACAGAACGGUUCUGUGGAGGAUUGCGAGUGGACGGGGAUGCAGAAAGCUGCUGUGCCGCUGUGUGAAGUGAGACGGUGUGAACCACAUGAUGCAGCUGUGAGGAUCCAGUCUUGGUGGAGGGGUCACUGCACACGCCACUGCCACCCACAAGCCAAAGAAGUGCGUGCCGAGAUCCGCCUGCGCAGGAUGCAGGAUCACAUCGUCCACCUGACCGCAGAACUGGAGAGGGUGCGCAAGCAACAAGAAGAAGACCGACUGCAGAGACGUGUGCAGGAAGAAGCCGUGAAGUUCCUGUGGAAGCAGCUUCAGGCCGUGCUGGAGUGGCAGUCGUCUGUGAACGAGCGGCUCAAUGCGGCUCAGAGCUCUGCGUUAAAUCCCAGCAUUCCUGCUGCAGCUCCUCUCCGCACUGAGAUCUCCAUCCCGGAGUCUGGAUUUCACUCCCCUGGAGAGCGACAGGCAGCGCUGGACACCAGCCGGAGCAGCAGCGUCACCGCCGGAUCACCGGACACAGUGACGGCCGCUGGAGACAGUCAGGACGGCAGCCUGUUGGAGCAGUACCUGUCAUCUGUACAGCGACUGGAGGAGGAGGAGGAAAGAGCAGGAGAUCAAACAGGAAUGCCACAAGAUCCAUCUGAUCUCCCUCCUCAGGGAAAACAAGAGCUCUUGUCCUGACCUGAGGCGUUACAGGACAUCACAUGCUCCGUCAGACUGGUGUGACCCGCUGCCCUUGUGGACAGAGCUUUGGCUUUUCUCGGAAAUUAUCACUUGACUUCAGUAGACAUGUGGACACGUAGCCUUUGAUCUCCAUGUCACAUUAAUGUUGUCAGCGGUCAGACACUCUGAUUGAACAGGGUUGUGUGUGUUUAACUCAACAGUGACUUUAAAUGACUGGCCGCUGCUGCCUUUCUAGCGGUGUACGUACAUUUACACUGCUGGAAUAUCAGUAUACAGCUUUAAGAGUCGUUGACGUACUUUACAUCCCGAGGUCUUUCAGUGCUCUUACCAGUAGACUUGUUUCCUUAUUAAAAAGCCUUGAACUGUAGAGGAGCAUGUGGAAUAAAUGUGAAUUGAUUUGAUAGUUUGAACCUGUUGAGAGUUUAACAGCAUUAAUUAUAAAUAUUUGAAUGUGUGCAUCUGGAUAUUUACAGUAUGUGCCGCAGCAAGUGUUCUGUGUGGCAUAUGCAAUAAGUGUUAAUUUAUUUCACAUUAUUAUUCUUUUUUCUAUGUCGUAUAUUUAACAAAACAUUUUUGUAAAUAAAGUUUUACUUUCCUUCA